GAGCAGAUUUGGUGCAUUAGCGCGAGGAAUACGCUGAUCUUCGUUGGAAACCAGCCGAUUCAACCUAAUUCAGUGGGCCGUGUUCGUUUUAACCUUGUGAGCUGAGCAUAUGCCUGUUGUCUGUGCAUGUUUGUGUAAGACGAUCGAUAAAGAUUUAAAUCCAUCGUCUCUCGCCCACUGCACCUUGACGAAGCUGACUACUGCUUUCGAUAACAAUAAAACAACAUGCGCGUCUCAAUCGUCUCAGCUCUUUUCUUGGCGCUCAACGCCAGUGCCGCGACUAUUGCGGCCCGCAAAACGAAGCCGUACAUAACCAUCAACACCGAGACCGAUCUCCACUGGAGUCGCGAGUAUCCAGACAACCUGAACCCGGUUGUUGAGUACUACUAUGGCGUCACCUCAAUCAAUGUGACCUGCUGGGUCGAGACAACCAUGAAGGACGACAAGGGCAUCGAGAACGGCAACCCAGUAUAUCUUGGCGUGGCCAACGCGACGACCUCGCUAUCCGCAUACAUAGCCGAAGACUUCGUCCAGGGCGGCGAUCACGACUUCCAGGACGAGCUGGAGGAAUGUCCUGCCAUAACGCACGCAGCCGGUUCCGUCGAGGAACAAUACUGGAUCACUGUCAACAACCCAGACGGCACCACGGAAUGGUAUUUUCCCUGCUACGAGCAGCCGAGCACGAAGGCAGCCUUCAAGAAGGACUAUGAUGUUAUCUACCCGGAGAUUCAGUGCUACCAAACAGGCGGCGAGGCUGUGAAUGGCAACACAACGUGGGUAUAUGGAUUGAGAACUAGGUGUUUCUUGCCUGGAGGCUGGUUUAGUUCAGUGGAGUACCAUGGUGAGGCUCCUUUG